AUGGUUCUAGCUAUAGCAGUGGCAACAGUAGCAACGAUGUCACAUACAACAGCAGCUACAGAGUAUGUAGUUGGAGACGACUUGGGUUGGACUGUCCCGCCCGGCGGCGCUGCCUAUUACGUUUCAUGGGCUGCCAAUCAUAGCUUUGUACUUAACGAUGUUCUACACUUCAAGUUUAUAGAAGGAGAACAUACCGUGGCUAUGGUAACCAAGGAAAAUUUCGAGAUUUGCAACACCACAAAUCCCAUAUUUGAACUCCAGAAACCAAGUAUUAUUGGAUUUACUGCGUCAGACACAUAUUAUUUCACCUGCACCAUCGCCGGCCACUGCGCUGAAGGCCAAAAGGUUGCGGUUUAUUUCUCUCCCUCUUCAAAUACUCCAAGUCCAAGUCCAAGUGGUGCUCCUCCUACCCCUGCUACUUCCCUGCCGCCCGUCAAAUUUCUCUCUAAAAUACUUGGGCACAGAAAAGUGUGA